CUUAUUCAUUUCUCUUUAUUCGUCUCUACUGAAAAUGCUCUCCAAACCUGAAACCCCUUACAAGCCGUUUCCUUUAUUCAAGCUUCCAAUGGUCGCAGCCAACGAAGUUAUGUUAUGUAUGCCGAUAGUAGACAUAUACAAUUUCUCUACAGUCAAUUCUAAAACAAAAGGUCUUGUAAAAACCUUUACAUCGCAAAAACUACGGUAUAUACUCGAAAUUCGCGUGGAUUUAUUUCAAGACUCUUGCAUUGAAAUUAACCACAGAAAAGUUGGUCUGUGGCAAAUCGAGAUAAAAUCUAGUGAGGAAACAGAUCAGGAUAACUAUGUAGACGGGAUCACCUGGAACCUAUUUGUGCCUGAUGUAUUGGCUAGCUGCAUGUUUCAGACCGACUAUAUCACUGAGCUAUUUAACACUCCAAUCACUUCGUUUUACUUUGAUAUUUCUGUAUUCAAAAGUCAAAAUCAAUUGAUAAUUGAUUGGCUUUUAUCCAGACAAAACACCAUCCAAGAUUACGCUAUCGUCGGAGAAGAAUUAGUGACUGAUGACUUUCUAGCGAUCUGGCACAGAAUUCCAGUAGUGACCAAGUACCUCGAGCUUCAUCUCAUUGUGAUGCCCAGUUUUCAAUGUGAUAUUGCAAUUAAGCAGCAAGAGUUGUGUGUUUGCAAUGCUGAAUGGUUCACACUGGAUAGUUUGCUGAAGGCGGACUGCUCACGAAUCUUUCUUGACGGAUCCGAACUAACCUCUAUUGAAUUGAAUAGAUUCCUCCGAAGCUGGCUAUUGUCAGAAUCUAAUAGGAAUUUGAAAUCCUUUGAAAUUCGCACAAAUGAAAAUAUUUUACUCGAGCAAGUCCUUGAUCUACCCAUUGAAGCAACUGAUGAGAAUGAACUGGAGGAACGACCAAUUAUCAACCUGAUGCGUGAUUCUCAAAUGGAAUUGACGAUCAAACGGAACGACGGAAGAAAAGCUGUAUUGAGCACUUUUUUCAAUAAUUUUUUCCAAAAAUUUGACUUUUUAAUGAAUGUUAACUAAAAAUAAAAUAGAAUGCAAUUU